UAUGGGGAGAGGAAAGCCCUUAGCAGCCACUGCCACCCCACCCUGUCCCCAGGGCCUGUCUGCCAGCUUGGCUGCGGAGCUGCUGCUGCGGGAUGGGCCCAACGCGCUGCGGCCACCAAAGGGUACCCCAGAGUACGUCAAGUUCGCACGGCAGUUGGCAGGUGGUCUGCAGUGCCUCAUGUGGGUGGCUGCUGCCAUCUGCCUCAUUGCCUUCGGCAUCCAAGCCAGUGAGGGUGACCUCACCACUGACGACAAUCUGUACUUGGCACUGGCUCUCAUUGCUGUGGUUGUGGUCACCGGCUGCUUCGGCUACUAUCAGGAAUUUAAGAGCACCAACAUCAUCGCCAGCUUCAAGAACCUUGUGCCCCAGCAAGCAACUGUGAUCCGAGAUGGGGACAAGUUCCAGAUCAAUGCAGAUCAGCUUGUGGUGGGUGAUCUGGUGGAGAUGAAAGGUGGCGACCGAGUGCCUGCUGACAUCCGCAUCCUCCAAGCCCAGGGCUGCAAGGUGGACAACUCCUCGCUGACGGGAGAGUCGGAGCCACAGACCCGCUCCCCUGAGUGUACACACGAGAGCCCACUGGAGACCCGCAACAUCGCCUUCUUCUCUACCAUGUGCCUCGAGGGCACAGCACAGGGCCUGGUGGUGAACACGGGUGACCGUACCAUCAUUGGGCGCAUUGCAUCACUGGCAUCUGGAGUAGAAAAUGAGAAAACACCCAUCGCUAUCGAGAUUGAACAUUUUGUGGACAUCAUUGCAGGCUUAGCCAUCCUCUUUGGUGCCACAUUUUUUGUGGUGGCCAUGUGCAUUGGCUACACCUUCCUGCGGGCCAUGGUCUUUUUCAUGGCCAUUGUGGUAGCCUAUGUACCGGAGGGGCUGCUGGCCACUGUCACGGUCUGCCUGUCUCUGACAGCCAAGAGGCUGGCCAGCAAGAACUGUGUAGUCAAGAACCUGGAAGCAGUGGAGACACUGGGCUCCACGUCAGUGAUCUGCUCUGACAAGACCGGGACCCUCACUCAGAACCGCAUGACUGUGUCCCAUCUGUGGUUCGACAACCACAUCCACUCAGCUGACACCACAGAAGACCAGUCAGGGCAAACGUUUGACCAGUCCUCGGAGACAUGGCGGGCGCUGUGCCGCGUGCUCACCCUGUGCAACCGAGCUGCCUUCAAGUCGGGCCAGGACGCGGUGCCCGUGCCAAAGCGCAUCGUGAUCGGGGACGCAUCAGAGACGGCGCUGCUGAAGUUCUCCGAGCUGACGCUGGGCAACGCCAUGGGCUACCGAGAACGCUUCCCCAAAGUCUGCGAGAUCCCCUUCAACUCCACCAACAAGUUCCAGCUGUCCAUCCACACCCUGGAGGACCCGCGGGACCCGCGGCACGUGUUGGUGAUGAAGGGCGCCCCUGAGCGUGUGCUGGAGCGCUGUAGCUCCAUCCUCAUCAAGGGCCAGGAGCUGCCCCUGGACGAGCAAUGGCGUGAGGCCUUCCAGACGGCCUACCUCAGCCUGGGAGGCCUGGGCGAGCGCGUGCUGGGCUUCUGCCAGCUCUACCUGAGUGAGAAGGACUACCCGCCUGGCUAUGCCUUUGACGUGGAGGCCAUGAACUUUCCAACCAGUGGUCUGUGCUUUGCGGGACUUGUGUCCAUGAUAGACCCGCCCCGGGCCACUGUCCCUGAUGCUGUGCUCAAGUGCCGCACAGCAGGCAUUCGGGUGAUUAUGGUGACAGGUGACCACCCCAUCACAGCCAAGGCUAUUGCGGCCAGUGUGGGCAUCAUCUCUGAAGGCAGUGAGACAGUGGAGGACAUCGCUGCUCGUCUCCGUGUGCCUGUAGAGCAGGUUAAUCGGAAGGAUGCCCGUGCCUGUGUGAUCAAUGGCAUGCAGCUGAAGGACAUGGACCCAUCAGAGCUGGUUGAGGUGCUGCGCACCCACCCUGAGAUGGUGUUUGCUCGUACGAGUCCCCAGCAGAAGCUAGUGAUUGUGGAGAGCUGCCAGCGACUGGGUGCAAUCGUGGCUGUGACAGGGGAUGGUGUCAACGACUCCCCAGCCCUGAAGAAGGCAGACAUUGGUGUGGCCAUGGGCAUUGCUGGCUCAGAUGCUGCCAAAAAUGCAGCCGACAUGAUCCUGCUGGAUGACAAUUUUGCCUCCAUUGUGACGGGCGUGGAGCAGGGCCGACUGAUCUUCGACAAUCUGAAGAAGUCCAUCGCUUACACAUUGACCAAGAACAUCCCUGAACUGACGCCAUACCUCAUUUACAUCACUGUCAGUGUGCCCUUGCCCCUCGGGUGCAUCACUAUCCUCUUCAUAGAACUCUGCACUGACAUUUUCCCAUCUGUGUCCCUGGCUUAUGAGAAGGCUGAGAGUGACAUCAUGCAUCUGCGGCCACGGAACCCGAAGCGUGACCGGUUAGUCAACGAGCCCCUGGCUGCCUACUCCUACUUCCAGAUUGGUGCCAUCCAGUCAUUUGCUGGCUUCACUGACUACUUCACAGCCAUGGCCCAGGAGGGCUGGUUCCCACUGCUGUGCGUGGGGCUGCGGCCACAAUGGGAGAACCACCACCUACAAGAUCUGCAGGACAGCUAUGGCCAGGAGUGGACAUUUGGGCAGCGCCUGUACCAGCAGUACACUUGCUACACCGUGUUCUUCAUCAGCAUCGAGAUGUGCCAGAUCGCUGACGUUCUCAUUCGAAAGACACGCCGCCUCUCUGCCUUCCAGCAGGGCUUCUUCAGGUGUCCCCAGCCCUGUCCUUAAGCCCUAGUCCCAACUUCCAUCAGGUCCUGACCAGGGCUUACUGCAGUCAGCAAACACCAGCACCGAAUGUACAGAUGUGCCAGGUGCUAAUAUUCCUUAUCGAUAGCUGGUCAGUAGCUCCCACCAUGUGCCUUUCAACUGGCCCCUCCAUGUUUCAUCAACUGAAGGGAUGAUGCUGAUAGGCCAGCACUGUUGCGGAGGGGCAGACCACUCCUGUGUUAAAUGUUUAGAACAGCUCCCUGCUGCUAAUGGCAUCUGACCUGCUCUGACCCAGUACCUUAUCUGACCCCCAGUUCCUAAAGGCUUUGUCCUGAGUCCAGCAGUCUGAGCCUGUUCUACC